GUUUUGCCCAGAAUAUGGCUGCCAUAUUUAGUUUAGAAGUCUGUUUUCAAAAGUGUUUUAAAAUUUGUGGAAAAUAUCGUGUAAUUAUAUAGUAUUUUACGGUUGGUUUGAUGAAAAUAUAUCGUAAUUAGUGCUAGGACUUAUUGGAACGAUUGGAAACGUAAUGCUCUGCUGUUAUACCUGGAAAAUGUUUCUGUUUACAUCGGUUCUAGAGAAGUUUGGUUUCGUUUAUUUCAAUUUAAGGUUCCGUCGCUGACCUGGAGUCCCAAAGUGAGAGCGAACGGGGUGGCGGCGGCGGCGCUCCUGCCAUCGUCGCGACAUCUCAUCCUGCCGAGGAAAAAAAUGCCGUCGCCGCGGCCGCAGCUAAGCCUCCCCGUGCCGACAUGAGCGUGUGCGUGGACACGAGCAGCGCGGCUGUCCUAAGCCAGCCGGCGCCUCCCGCUCCCGUCAACGUAGUGGCCCUGGUCGAACCCAAGGUGGAACCAGCUCCUCCAAGCAAAGCCGCCCUAGCCAAACUGGUCGUGUCCGGCCAGCACUUGCCUCCCGGCAACAACCAGGUGCUUCAGAAGGUGGUGAAUAGUCCCCUGAUUACCGUUUUGAACUCGGCGGGACCCCUGACGGUGGUCAAGAGCCUCUGCGUGACUUCCGUCGUGUCCAGCGCUCCCCACUACACUCUGGUCAACUCGACUCCGCUCACUGUGACCACGAACGCUGGGGGAAAACCUCCGACUAUAACGGUGCUGAAUUGCGGACCUUUGACUACUCCGGUGACUGUAGUGAAGGCUAUCAGCGCUCCAACGCCUUCAACAGAGAAGACUGUGGUUGAUGGGAAUCCGGUGGUGCCGAACGUGCAGGCCGCGCCUUUGACGACCGCAGUGUUGGAGAACCGAGGCCAUAAUGUUUUUGUGAAGAACACAUGCGUGGAGCCGGUAAUGCCAGAGGCUAUGCCCCAGAGUCACAAGCUGCUCACAGCUGCCAAUUUCUCUUCAGCAAACGUGCUCAACAAUGUCCCUCUUUCCAACAAACCGACCACCGUGAACGGUCAAAGGAACAAGGUGAAGAUCCUGAGCAACGUACAAAUUCCCGGUCCCUCGCAAACUAACGUCAUCCUGAACAAGAACGCCCCCGUGGGACCCUCAGGAUCGCGUCCCCUUCCCGCCGCCAGGCCGAAAUUGACAGGCAAUAACGGCGCCUCUGCCAAAUUUUUUGCUAAACAAAUCAACAACAUCAUCAAGUCCAGAGUCAAUUCGGUCAAAACUUUGCCCGAUAAAUCUAUGAAACCUACUAAUGUUGUUGCACAGAAGAACGUACCCGCCAAACCGAUCACUCCUAACAGUUUCGUUCAGAAACCGCCACAGACUCAACCCGUCUCGAACGUGAAGACUUUGUCGCCUCAGAAUAAGAACGUUCCGGGCCAGGUACAGAGAACCGGCUCGGGAUUGCGCACUAUCCCGCCUCAGCGACCUCAGAAACCCGCCGUCAAGCCAAAUUAUAUAGGCAAGCACGCCGUUCAAGCGCAGAAGGUUAAGCAAAUGCCGUACGCGAAGAUGAAGACGACACCUAGGUCACAGAGUACCGCCGCCGGUCCUGUAGGAAGCUACAAUCCGCCUCCGCACGAGAAGCAGCUCACUUUCAACCAAGCUCUGGCCGCUCAGAUCAUUGAAACUCUGAGCAGUACCAGCAGUACUCCGCCUCAGCCCAGCCGAUACGAAAUUAUGCCGUCGCGCUACGACAACGCCUUCAAGUGUCCGGAGAAACAACAGUCGGGCGAAACGAGCGCCGCUCAGGCCGGCGAGGAUCAACAGAACAAGUCGGGACUGGACGCGCUGUCGCUGAUCUGCCAAGCGGUGCUUUUGGAUCACAAUUACAACGCCACGUUGCCGGCGGAUUCGCCUCGCAGGCCCUCGCAAAACGUGCCGCCUCAAAUCAACGGCCUGUCGUCGGUGGGACCGGUUUUGCCGGCGCAAGUGCGCAGAAGACCGCCGCCGCAGGGGGCUCCGAUGGUUUCUCAAGCGCACGCGAACCUGAAUUUGUCGGCUGGGAACAGCGCUUUGAUGUUGGGCAGCGCGGGCAGUGCCGACGACGACGCCGCCUCGGACAUAUCGGAUUGUUCGGACAGGAAGCACGAUACCGAGGGGGAGGAGACGGACACGGCGCCCGAGGUGGAGGACGUGAAGAACGACGAUCAUUACGGAGAUUACGUCACUAGAUGUAUUUGUGGAUUCCUGCACGACGACGGCUAUAUGGUGGAAUGCGAUCGGUGCAAGGUCUGGCAGCACGUCCAGUGCGUAAUCAAGAACCGCGUAAUACCCGACGAAUAUCUGUGCGACAUGUGCGACCCUUCCAAGCACGUCGACCGGCAGAAGGCGCGACUCGCCCAGCAGCAGUGGAUCAGGGAGAGGCAGCUCUUGGAACCGAAAAUCCGCAAAGAGGCCAAACUCAAGGACGCGCUGAGGCAGAAGGAGAAUCACACCGACUCGGAAUCGACCGAUAACGAGCAGCCGCCGCGAAACAACAACGUCGCGGCCAAGGGCAGGACCUUGGCCAGUCGCAAAAAGGCCGAGACCCAGCGAAACGCGCGCAGGGAGCUGAAGGAAGCGCCCGUCCACCGCAGACCCAAGCGAAAAGAACGGAAAAUAGUGAAGCGCAAGGCGAAGGUUCCGCGACAGGCUCCGCCGCCAGCGCCAUCCCACAGCGACGACGAGAACCAGGACGCUUGGUCCGCCCACCUGCCCCAGCUGAGACAGUGGAUCGAAAAGUACGAGGAAGCGGUGACGAAUCAUUAUUCGCCCGAAUUGCGAGCGAGGAUUUCCAGUAUCCGAGUGAACGGGGCCUACGCGGACCCGGUGAGUCCCCAGUACGACUCGUCGGUGUGCAAGUGCCGAGUGCACACGCAGCCGCUCACCGAGAUCAAGUACCUGGUGAGCACGGCCCAGCUGGCGCCCGACACGCCCGUGGUGGAGCUGAGAGGCAAGUACAUGCUGUCAACGCAGCACAGGCACGCCGGGGGUUCCCUGGCGACUCGCCAGCACACGCAGCGUCCCGGUCCCUUCCUCUUCUUCUACAAACUGCCGCCCAAGGACAACACAGAGGUUUGCGUGGAUACGAGAACUUACGGCAACAGCGCGCGCUUUAUCAGGCGCUCCUGCCGGCCGAACGCCGAACUGCGGCACUGCAUCGAGAAGGGAGUGCUGCACCUGUACGUGGUGGCCGUGACGACGGUGGACAAGAACAGCGAGCUGACCAUCAGGCACGAAUCUCACGACCUGGCGGCGGUCGGUACCACGCAGAUUGCGUGCGCCUGCGGACGACCCGACCAGUGCGCGGUUAACAAGACCUCCAUCAAGAGAAACGGGGAAGUUGGUACCCCCGCGGCCAAUGCCAACGCGGCGGAAACGACGACGCGUAAAAGAAGAGGAAGACGCACAGCGUCGACGGGAUUUUCACCGGCUCCGCUGCUCAGGUCCUCGUCGAUGAAGGAGUCUCCGCCGCAAGCUACACAAGAACCUGCACCACCAGCUAUUUCUUCGCCACCUCCGCCCGAAAUAAAAGCCGAUCCCGACGCCAAAGACACGAAAGACAUCAAAGUGGACAUCGAAGAAGCCGUGGACGUUAAGAUUGAGAUCAAAGAAGAGCCCGUCCCGAAGAUCGAGAUCAAGAUCGAGCCGAAAGUCGAGGAGGAGGACUCGGACGAAUCCCCCGAAGUCACCGAAGAGAUUAAACCCUCUCCACCGUCUCCCGUUAAAACCGAGAUCAAAAAAGAAAAAACUGUUAAAGAGGAGAAACAGAAAAGUCCCGCCUCGACGCCCAUAGCCACCAGGCGAUCCUCCCACUACAAGUCGGACAAGGAGGACGGCGCCAAGGAGUCGGACUCGAAGGAACAGAGCGCCAAAUCGAAGAAACUGAGCAGGGAAGAACGGAAACUGGAAGCCAUACUGCGCGCCAUCGAGCAGAUGGAGAAGGCCGACCAGAAGAAGCAGGAGCACCAGGCGAAGCAGGCGCACAGACGCGAGUCCGAGCCGGGUCCGAACGCGAAGGAAGAGGACAAGCAGGAGCCGAAAAUUAAACGUAGGCGGCGUAGGGGAAGAGCGAGAACGACCAGCACCAACGCUCAAGUGCGCAGGAGUCGCCUGAAUUCGACCGAUUCCUACGUCACUUCCGGCGACGAGAAUUUGCUGUCCCCGAACGAGGGACUACCGUUGCACAGGCCUUCUUUUAAAGAUGACGAUGCGGGGGACAAGGCGGCGGAUUUGCUCUUGGCCCUCUCCAAUGGGGACUCGGACAAACAGAUGCGCAAGUCGCCCGUGGGGGACGGUGGCGACUCGAACAACACCUCCGUCGAGUCUUCUCCGGAGGCGCCGCAGCUGUCGUCAGCCUGUUUGUUGGUGCAGGCCGCUGUGGAGCCGCUGGAGUCGGGAUUUAAGUUUCCGAAAACGAAGAAAGGAUUGAUGAACGAAUGGCUGAACAAAGCGCCGGAAUCGUUGCAGCAGUCGGUCAGUUACGUCUCGCCCCCGGCCACGGCCGAGGAGGCUUCCGUUUACGCAUCGAACACCAAGAACUUGGCCGCGUUGGCGCAGGCGGCCUCCUUCUGCGACAGCGCCCCCCAAACGAGGGGCGGCAACGCCAAGAAACGCUGGCUGCGACAGGCUAUCAGCGAGGAUCGGUCCACGGAUGGCGCUAGCAAUCGACCAGAUUCGCCAACAAUCAGUGAAGCUGUCGCGCCCCCAAAGAAACGACGUCUACCUAGAGAAUCUCUAUCUAAUGACAAUUCACCUCCGACAACACCGACGAGCAGCGAACCUGCCAAAAUGAUUGAUACGCCUCGAUCUAGCCAGGAGGGGGGCGUGGAAAUAGUGUACAGCAGCGCUGAAGGCGACAGUCCCGUCCAGGCCAUGGAAUCGGACACGGAAUUGAAGGAACGCGCCGCCCAAAUGAAGCAGGAAUUCGGCAAAGCGACCCAAGCCUCGGCUGCCGAGCCCUCGCCGGGCACCCCUCGCACUCCCCGGACCCUGCUGGACCCCCGCCUGUCCAGGGAGAACUCGAUCUUCGCCAACAGCGACCACUUGGUGGGCACGGUGGAGAAAACGCUCAGUAUGCUCGGCUUCGAGAGCGGCGGAAUAGCUACGCCGACCAAACGAAAGGUAAAGUUGUCCAUUACCGAGUACAGGCAGAGGAAGAAGUUGAACACUGAUAAAAGCGACGAGCAGGACGACCAAUCGGAAACGGCCUGUGUGGAGGACACGAAUUCUUCCGAGUCGUUUAAGCCGGAGUCGAUGUCCAGACCCAGGUCGGGCAGUUCCAGUAGCAGUACUUCCUUUACCAGCGGGGACGAAAUGUCCACUUCGGAAAUGGUCGUCAAAGCUCCUGCAUUUAAUUCUGAACCUACCGAGUUGGAGAGGCAACGGGAAAUUUCCAGUUUAAGGCUGAAGAAAGCCUUUGGACUAUCUAUCGACGACGAUGUUAGGAAACCUCCAGUUCUGGACGUGAACGCUAUUUUAAAUUGCGACUUGGAGCCCGUGCAACGCUCUUCUCCCCAUACUCUGACGAAUCCCGGCUUUUCUUCGACCAGUUUUUGCGAGUCCUCCAUGUCUCCCACCCUGCUGAAACCGUCGGAUAUUCCUGACAGGACUUGCACGCCACCUGCCGACGACAUGGACAACGAAACAACCGAGGAAAAACACGAGGAUGAAGAGGUUAAAACCGACGAAGAAAUGCCGCUGGUGGAGGAAGAAAGUGCGUUGAUGGAGGAGAGCGGCAGCGUUGAAAAGAUGGAGACCAGCGAUUGCGGCAAAGAGGAGGAGACUCUACCUCCCGUGAAUGAGAGGGAGGAGAGUUCGGAGAAGUCUUCCUCCCACUUGUUUUACACUCCCGACGACGACGAGGAUAGAGCGGAUAGGGCUGCGCCGGUGGCGGAGCCAGAGGAGGUGAACUACGUGCCGCCCUUCAAUAACCCAGUCUACCCGAAUAAUAAUUUCACCAGUUUCACAUCGGCUAUAGAUGACGAUUCGCGGUAUCAGAGCCGAAACCCAUCUCCACCUCCCGACCUGGACACGCCCUCCUUCGGCGGCGGUGCCCUCUAGAUGGGCGGGACCGUAACUACCACGAGUGCAAUCCAAUACCUAGGUUAAUAGUAGUAUUAAUCUAAAAAAAGGAACGUUUUUAACGCGCAUAAAUUUAUUAUUAUUAUUAUUUAGGCUUAAGCGUUGUACAUAUUGUUUUCAUAUUUUUUUUUUAUUUUUUUUUGAGAUUUAUAUAUUUUUUUCGCGUAACGAUGACGGAUAUAAUUCGGAGAGAGAGAGAAAUGAAUGGGAUUAUUUACCCGGUGACGACGAUAUAAUUUAUUAUAUUAUGAUUAUUAUUGAAAGAGAUUUUGAAAAUCCUGUUUUUUUUAAAUGUAGAUAAAAGAAAAAGUGUACACUGUGUAAAUAACGUUUCGUUGCUCUAGAUUUUUUCUAUAUAUAUAUAUAUAUAUAUAUAUUUGUAUAUCUGUAAGAGGUAAAGUUUUUUUUUGGUUUUUCUUUUGGGGAGCGGCGUUUUUAUAUUCGAUGUUCGAGUGACGGCUUUUUUUUUUGACGGUUCAUUAAUUAAAUGAGAAAAAUGUAUUAUUAUAAGAUUCGGUAUAGUCUGUCCAACGACCCGGGGGAGAAUUCGACAGACGACAUCCAAAAAUGAGUGAGAAUAAAUAUGAAUUGCGUGUGAAUUAAAAUGACAGACAACUCCUGUUGGACAGACUAUAGUGUUUGAUAGAAAAACUUUUUAAAUCAACAUGGCAUUACAUAAACAAAUUUUGGAGGUUUUGCAAGAAAAAUACUUUUGGAAAGAUUAUAAUAUGAUCGAAAAAACGCCGUCGGCGAUGGUUAUGAAACGAAGAUCGCUGUCAUUUUAUAUGGAAAAUGUUAUCGAUCGUCAUUUCCCAGCCAACUAGACGCCGGUUUUUUUUUUCAAUCAUACGAUAUUAUAAAUGUAUUGUAGCUAUGUACCCAGAGUACUGAAAAAAAUAAUUUUAAAUGGAACAUCUUUGCAUUAACUUUCAAAUCAAGUUUGUUUUUUCUUGACGAAAUGGCGAAUGCGCUUAUUCAAGGAAACUUUUAUUACUUAGAAAUUGUCUGAAUGAUUAAGGUAGAAAGAAAUACGAUAAUUGAACUGGUUAUAGAUAAGUACCAUAUGAUCGAAAAAAAAACGGCGGCAACGUGACUAUGAAAUGAAGAUCGCUGUCAUUUUGUAUGUAAAAUUAUAUGGUGAAUGUCCAUUUCCAAGUCAACUGGACGCUGUUUUAUUUUCGAUCGUACGGUAUAAAACAGUUUAAAAGGAAUCAACAAUUUUGAAAAUAAUGUAAUGUUUUUUAUGUAUCGAAUAAAACGGUUUUUCAGUGUUUGAUUUUGAACAUUAUUUUAAGUAGUAUAAAAAAGCAGCUCCCCGGAUUUUUUUUCUAUUCAUUUCGUUGGUCUCGUGCGAUUCUGGUCUCUGAAAGAACGGCAAAAAAGUGGAAAAAAAUGGAAAGUUGCGAAAUCUCAAACCAAUCUGUGGCCGUUGUAAAUAAAAUUUAGUGGAAGCCGUUUGUCGGCCGGCGAGUCGGUCGAAAAGUACAAAAUUAUUUAAGGGGUGAUCUCGCAUUUUAUCGGUUAGAUAUUUUUUUACGUGUUGUAUAUUUAGCGUUUAAGGAGUCUCCUUGUUCUUUUUUCGUGUAGCCCAAUUUGUAUAGUUUGUUUUUUAGACGUUUAUUAAAACAGAAGAAUUAAUCGGUUAUAAUCAAUUAACUUGUAGGCGUAUCGAAGGCAUCACUUUUAAGUUUUUUUUCCUUUUUCAGCUCUCAUCUGUAUAUAUACACACAUUUCGAUAAUAUAUAUAUUUGCUAUUUACUGUACAUAGAGGUACACGUACACAUUAAUUUAUGAUAUUUGAUUUUUUGUAAUAAUUACGUACUACAUCCAGUGUUGGUUAUGUUUAUAUAAAUAUUUUUUCAUUAAUUUAUUUGAGAAUUUAAAAGAAUUGUUACUGCGGCGGUCGCGCCACCGUCAGUAAGGAUUGUUGUUAUUUUUGUAAGGCGUUUCUCAGCUCCCCGGCCUCGGUCUCUCCCAUUUGUACAAAAUUUUUAUUAAUAAAAAGAGAAAAAAAUGGAAAAAUUGAAAAAAAAUUUCGAUUACCGUCAGUAUUAAACGUAAAUCUAUACAUAUUAGAAGCGCGGCGAGGAGGCGGCAGGGCUCUGAAACCGAAUAAAAUUGUCAACGACAUGAAAUAUAACUAUUUUAUUAUGUAACAAGGCUGUACAUAAAACAUUAAUAUCGAUGUUGGUACGUUUUGCGUACAAUUAUUAAAUAAAGUCUAAAAAUUA